GAGGGGCGGGAGCCCCGAGGAAGGCCGCCGGUGGCCUUUCGUGGUCGCGGAGGGGCCCGGCAGGGAAGGCGGCGCUGAUCCCGCGGAAAGGACUUGGGCCGCCGCCUCGCUUCCCCUCCGGCCAAGGCAGGGCCGCGCCGGGACUCCCUCGCAGCAGCAGCAGCAGCCGCGCGCCCAGGGCCAAGCAGCCGCCUCCCGGCCCUCCGCCUCCUUCUCCCCGGAAGCCAGGCCUCGACGCAAUUCCGCGGCCGCUCUGCCCUUUCCCGCUCUUCGCUCGCUGCGCAGGCGCCCCGGAAGCCCCGCCCUCGCUCGUCACUGGGCGUCGCCCCGUCGCCCCGCCCCUGCCCGCCUUCGCUCGCUCGCGCGUGCGUGCGUGCGUGCGCGCGCCGUCUCCGCCUCAGCCCGGAGCCUCUGCCGCCGUCAUGGCUGACAACGCCGCUGCCGCCGCCGCCGCCGCCGGCCUGGAGAACCACCGCUUCAAGAGCUUCAAGAACAAGGGCCGAGACGUGGAGGUGGGUGCCGGGCGGCCGGGCCGGGAGAAGCCGCUCUGCCUAGGCCGCAGCCUGCCUCGUGCGGGGACGGCGCCCCGCCGGGAUCCCGCUUCUCCGGCCGCCUCCCUGCCCGCCCGCCCGCCCGCCUGCCGGGGCGGCGCGGCGCCCUUGGCGGGACCCCCCGGCGCCGAGGCUCCCCGAGGCGGAGGGCGGGCAGCGGGGCGGCCGGGAGCCCUUUGUGCUUCUGCGCCCCCCCCCCCCCCGUGGCCCCGGGCAGCCUGUCGGAGACGGAGCGAGGGCUCGGCCGGGUCCCUCUGGCCUCUUUGUCCUUCGCUGUCGCCUGGGACGCCGCCUCCGGGCGCGGGGAUCCUGACAGCCAGUUUGCGCCUCCGCGGAUCUCCCCUCGAGCUCGGCCCCAUCCUCCCUGGAACUUUGGACAGAUGCAUCCAUGCCCUUUCCCAUGUGUUGGCUUUGACAGGCGCCUCCCCCCCCCCCCGAAUAGCCGUGUUUACUCCUAGCUGGGCUACGGGUCAGUUAGUGCCCAAAUAACCCAGAUACAGUAACUGUAUUUUGAAGACCGGUGCUAUUGCUGCCUCCAAAUAGCAAUAUUGCUGGCUCCAGUGGUUGUCCAUUAUCACCUACAAAUGUGAAAGUGAAGAACAACCCAUUCUGUCUCUCUGUUAAACGCUCUAUUUCCAAUAUGCAGGAUUGAUAGGAGCCUUGCAUGUUAUCAUCACUGACAUUUAAUCCUUUGUUUAGCCCUGUAGGCCUCCACCCAGCUGCAGGUUGGAGUAUCCAAAUGUACCUGGAUUUGUUUAUAGGGGACACAAUAUAUAAUGAAAAAGAUAAUGGUUUUUUUGCUUAGGCUGCCAUUGUAUGCAUGCAUAUCAGAUAAUUUAAUGGGGGUCUUCUACUUUUAGUAACCAUGCAGAGCAUUGUAUUGUUAGUUUUGUGAUUCUAAGUAGCAGCUAGUUUACAAGAUGGUCACUUUGAGGAAGAGAUGGAAUAGUAACAACAACAAUAGGACCUAUUGCCCUAAAUGUCAGUGCUUCCCCUCCAACCUGCUUUUGGGUUGUUAACUGUGGAUCCAGUUGGCAUGGAGCUCAAUUUGGUUGCUGGUUCUCCAAUUGCUGCUCCCUAUAAAAGAGUAGCAAUUGCAAGGGUACAGACACACUGUACUAUUUUUUUAAAUUAUAGCAGAUCAGUGGUAGUGUUUUUUCUUUGAUAACAUAGGUGUAGUGUGGCCCAAAGGGAAUCUUUUCUUCUAAGCCAAGUGAUAUUGUGGGGAAGGGGCCCCUAUUCCACCUUACAAGGGCUCUGGAGAGCCUAAAUACGGUCAAUGUGGAUUGGAGCUAUGUUCUAAUAUACUGUCUAUUCUAUAUGGUCCUGAAAGACCUACAUUGGCUCCCAGGAUGUUUCCGAGCACAAUUCAAAGUGUUGGCGCCGACCCUUAAAGCCCCAAAUGGCCUCGGCCCAGUAUACCUGAAGGAGCGUCUCCACCCCCAUCGUUCUGCCCGGACGCUGAGGUCCAGCUCCGAGGGCCUUCUGGCGGUUCCUUCACUGCGAGAAGCGAAGUUACAGGGAACCAGGCAGAGGGCCUUCUCGGUAGUGGCACCCGCCCUGUGGAGCGCCCUCCCAUCAGAUGUCAAAGAAACAAACAACAAUAAUAAUCUGAUUUUAGAAGACACCUGAAGGCAGCCCUGUUUAGGGAAGCUUUUUAUAUUUGAUGAAUCAUUUUAUUUUAAUAUUCUGCUGGAAGCCGCCCAGAGUGGCCAGGGAAACCUAGCCAGAUGGGUGGGGUAUAAAUAAAUAAUAAUUAUUAUUAUUUAUUAGGAAGAGGGUGCAACGCACCUUCUCUAUCAUUUCAUCUGUCCUGGGUUUGUGCACUUGUCAGUAUGUUGGGAAUUGAAUACACAAGGAUUAGGAGACAAUAUACAGUGUGCAAUACCAUUUCCCCCAUAGUCCUUGAGAACGAACGAGAACGCUCCUAUCCAUUUCCUACCAUUGGCGUUAGCAGGGUUACCAAGGCACUCUUUGUUCAAUGAAGCCAGACUGAACAGCAUCUAGGCUAUUUUGCUUUGAUUAGUGGUCCCUGCUGCUGCCAACCUAGCAGUUCGAAAGCACAUCAAAGUGCAAGUAGAUAAAUAGGUACCGCUCCGGCGGGAAGGUAAAUGGUGUUUCCGUGUGCUGCUCUCGAUCUCCAGAAGCGGCUUAGUCAUGCUGGCCACAUGACCCGGAAGCUGUACGCCGGCUCCCUCGGCCAAUAGAGCGAGAUGAGCGCUGCAACCCCAGAGUCGGCCACGACUGGACCUAAUGGUCAGGGGUCCCUUUACCUUUUACCUAGUGGUGAGCACCUUAUUUUGUGAGUAUCAUAACACCAUACGUGUUGAAGGCAAGAACUUGUAAUAGUUCUCAUGUGGUACUAGCAGAGUGCAUUUCUAGUAGGCUUAAGUUCUUGGCUAUUUUAAAUCUCAAAAACCUAGUUCUUACAGUCAGUAGAUGAGAUGGUGAGCUUAUUCCUGGAAGGUCAGGCUAUUGAAAUGAAUUGGACAGCAGCUGGAGUGUAGGUGGCACCAGGCACACUGUGAGGAAAACCAGACACAGUAGGGCACAUAAUUGUGAUUUUUGCAUGGUUAUUUGGGUGGCAAAGAAAGCUUCCUUUGCUACCUCAAUUGCAUGCUAAAAUUCUAGGCAAGUUUUUCCACCUGGUGGGAGGAUUGUUCUACAGUGGUGCCUCGCAAGACGAAAUUAAUCCGUUCCGCGAGUGUCUUCGUCUAGCGGUUUUUUCGUCUUGCGAAGCAACCCGCUUAGCGGAUUAGCGCUAUUAGCGGUUUAGCGGCUAUUAAAGGCUUAGCGGCUUAGCUGUUAAAAGGCUAUUACCGGCUUAGCGGCUUAGAAAAAGGGGGGGGGAGCGAAAAAAAAUCUCAAGACUCGCAAGACAUUUUCGUCUUGCGAAGCAAGCCCAUAGGGAAAUUUGUCCUGCGAAGCAACUCAAAAACGGAAAACCCUUUCGUCUAGCGGGUUUUCCGUCUUGCGAGGCAUUCGUCUUGCGGGGCACCACUGUAUAUCUCAACAAAUGGGAUGAUCGAACCCUUGAAUGCCCAUUAUGAUGCAUUUGCUGGGCACUUUGAUAACAUUGGUUGCCUUCAUAGGAACUUGAACACCACGGUUGUGACAGGUCCAAAUAAUGUGAUAAACAUGUCAGCUUGUCCACUUCCAGCUUGGUGAUGUGUACAAGGUACUUGAAAAUGACUUGCCCAAAUGACAACAUGCCCCCUUGACCCUUGCCCAUCUUGCCAAUUUCAAACUAGCUGAAGGGAGCUGACAAGGUGUGUUCACGAUAUGGCCAAUGCUCUUUUAAGGUAUGGAGAAAGAGGUGGGAGUGCAUCCACUCCUAAAGAAAUGCGACUUGGACCCUGUGGGUUUUCGACAACUACUAACUUCUUAGGAUGGGUACUUAAGAGGUGACAGCUCUUACAUGACAUAAGAUCAAAGGCAUCUUAUGUAAACUCCUUAGAGGUUCUGAUGAUUAAGCAGCAUAUAAAUCCUGUUCAUAAAUACACUCAUAUCUUGGUUCUUGAAUGAAAUCCGUUUCAGAAGUCCGUUUGACUUCCGAAAACAUUUGGAAACCAAGGCACGGCUUCCGAUUGGCUACAGGACGUUCAGCUUCCAAAAAAGGUUAGCAAACCGUAACACUCACUUUUGUGUUUGUGGUGUUUGGGAGCCAAAACGUUUGAGUCACAAGGCAUUCGAGAAUCAAGGUACGACUGUAAAUCCUUCCCAGUCUGGGUGUGGGACUGGACUUGGUUGCUCUUGAUGAAUGGUAUCACACCGUUGUUUCUGCUUGAUAUCUCAGCAGCUUUUAACACAGUGGUUUUCAAAGUUUUGUUCUUUGGGCCAUGCUCUGAGAAUAAAAAUGUGCUCAUGUCACACCAAAUUUUUAAUUGAUAUGAAAUACAUUGGGAAACAAAGAGAAACAAUUCCAGCUCUAGGGAAUAGCAUUGUGUGACUACAGAAUCAUAGAACUGUAGAGUUGGAAGGGACCACCAGGGUCAUCUUGUUCAACCCCCUGCACUUGUACUAUGGGGUGCUGCAGGGAACCAUCUUGUCCCCUAUGCUUUUAAGCAUCUUUACGAAGCUGUUAGAGUGGAUAGCAGGAGAUCUGAAACAUGGUGUCAUCAGUAUACAGUUCUCUGUGACAUCUGAAUCAGGUGGGGCUGAGCAGAUCCCGAACUAGGAGCUGAAUGGUAGAAUGGAUGAGGGACAAUAAACUGAUACUGAAUUUUGAGGCCCUCUUGGUUCUCAGAUUUGGGAAUUGAUCCCUUUGACCUGAGUGGGAAGCUUCAGCUAGUACAAAAUGCUGUGGCUAGGCUGCUAAUUGGUGACCCAUACGGCAAGCAUAUAAUACCUGCCUUGAAGAAGAGACAUUGGUUUCCAAUCUGCUACGUAACCAAGUUCAAGGUUUUGUUACUGCCCAUGUAGCUCAUCCGUGUAGCGCUAAGCAACCUGGAACCUGGUUAUUUGAGAUUGCACCUUUACAAUUCUGAGUUGGAAGGGCGCCAAAGGAUCAUCUAGUCCAGCCUCCUGCAAUGCAGGAAUCUCAGCCUCCCCAUAUGAACCAGCCCUUCCACUAAUAUCCUUUGAUGAGCUCAUGCUGGUGGUUCUAUAGCCUUUCCUGACCCAUCUGCUGUCAGUCACAAGAAGGAUGUAUAGCUCCUGCUUGACUGAAUAGCUUCCCCUCCAAGAUCCAACAAGCAUCUUUACUGGUGUGUUUCCACUGGCAUUUAGUGCCUUUUUUUUAUUCACACAAGCAUAGCUUGCAUACACACACCAUUCUGUUGUACAUAUUUAUGAGUGUUUUUAAUGGCAUUUAAUUAUGUUGUACACUGCUUUGAUACUUCUUUGGCGAUCACUUGUAGCCGAGUAAGAUUGUGUUUCAUAAACACGGUUUUAGCAAUGAGUCCGUAAGUGACUGUGGAGGCCAAUUCUGAAUAGAGUGAAAAACAGCAUAGAUAUCUGGUACAGGCCACAACUGUUUGACGUGGGGGUUCAGUUCCCAGCCCCUGUGUGCAUUAACAGAGUGCGUAUAAGAGCCUCCACUCCCAUUCCACCCUGCCUCCAUUAUGCCCUCUUCUGGAUUCAAAAGGACCCACUUGUUGGCGAUCGCACAACAAUUGGACAUGCCUAAAAUGGUCACUGUCUGUCGUUGACGUAAGGUACUCCUUGCGAAAUGCAGCAAUUGUAGAUGUACAGAAUGUGUCCUCAAGACAAAUGUAUAUAAUGCCAUUAUAUUUGUGGUAGUAUUCUCAGUUUCUUCAUAAUUCCUAAAACUGGAUUUGCUCCCAUCCAACCAUUGCGUUGAUAUUUUCUUUAUGCCAUCCACCACAACUCCCAAAAAAAUUUUCUAGGUAGUCACUGUCCUGGGUAGCCAUUUUGUUUCCCAUCCACCUUCACACUUUGGAAUUUCACCUAUUCAGGGAUGGCAGUUUCCUGUGAAAAACUAGCUUUAGUUUCUUAUUAAAACUAUUUAAUAAUAGUCCAUUAAGUCCAGUCGCGGACGACUUUGGGGUUGUGGCGCUCAUCUCGCUUUACUGGCCGAGGGAGCUGGUGUGCAGCUUCCGGGUCAUGUGGCCAGCAUGACUAAGCCGCUUCUGGCGAACCAGAGCAGCACACGGAAACAUCAUUUACCUUCCCGCCAGAGCGGUACCUCUGUACUUUCGAAGUGCUAGGUUGGCAGGAGCAGCGACCGAGCAACGGGAGCUCACCCCGUCGUGGGGAUUCGAACCGCCGACCUUCUGAUCGGCAAGCCCUAGGCUCUGUGGUUUAACCCAGGCUCUUAUUAGUUACACAGGAAACCAAUAUAAAUAUAAAAUACACUAUUGUAAUUAGACAAUGCAAUUUCGGCCAUGGUGGUUUUAAAGUUUUUUCGUUUUGGUUUGGUUUGGUUUUUUUUAAGCCUCAGCUCAGCCCAUGUGCUCAGGUUGAACAGUUGUUAGUCCUUGGACCAGAUCUGGCUCACCAGGAAGUGCCGCAUGGUUCUAUUGCAUACCAGCUCAAGAGGAUAAAUAAAAUUGUAGAUGGAUGAACAGUAUUUGUAGCACUGCGAUUGGGAAGCAAGGCAUGAGGAAUGAGGGAAGGAGAGAAUGGGGAUUUGGCACUACAGUGGUACCUUCAUUCUCAAACUUAAUCCGUUCCGGAAGUCUGUUCCAAAACCAAAGUGUUCUAAAACCAAGGCGCGCCUUCCCAUAGAAAGCAAAAUGGAUUAAUCCGUUCCAGACAUUUAAAAACAACCCCUAAAACAGCAAUUUAGCAUGAAUUUUACUAUCCAACAAGAUCAUUAGCCCAUCCAUCAAUCAAUAUGCAGAUGAUACCCAGCUCCACCUCUCUUUCAAAUCAGAACCAGUGAAGGCGGUGAAGGUCCUCUGUGAGUGCCUGGAGGCGGUUGGAGGAUGGAUGGUGGCUAAUGGAUUGAGGUUGAAUCCUGACAAGACAGAAGUACUGUUUUUGGGGGACAGGGGGCGGGCUGGUGUGGGGGAUUCCCUGGUCCUGAAUGGGGUAACUGUGCCCCUGAAGGACCAGGUGUGCAGCCUGGGAGUCAUUUUGGACUCACAGCUGUCCAUGGAGGUGCAGGUCAAUUCUGUAUCCAGGGCAGCUGUCUACCAGCUCCACCUGGUACGCAGGCUACAUGCCUACCCUACAUGCCCGCGGACUAUCUCGCCAGAGUAGUGCAUGCUCUAGUUAUCUCCCGCUUGGACAACUGCAAUGCGCUCUACAUGGGGCUACCUUUGAAGGUGACCCGGAAACUACAACUAAUCCAGAAUGCAGCAGCUAGACUGGUGACUGGGAGUGGCCGCCGAGACCACAUAACACCGGUCUUGAAAGACCUACAUUGGCUCCCAGUACGUUUCUUAGCACAAUUCAAAGUGUUGGUGUUGAUCUUUAAAGCCCUAAACGGCCUCGGCCCAGUAUACCUGAAGGAGCGUCUCCACCCCCAUCAUUCUGCCCGGAUGCUGAGGUCCAGCGCCGAGGGCCUUCUGGCGGUUCCCUCAUUGUGAGAAGCAAAGCUACAGGGAACCAGGCAGAGGGCCUUCUCGGUAGUGGCGCCCGCCCUGUGGAACGCCCUCCCAUCAGAUGUCAAAGAGAUAAACAACUACCUGACAUUCAGAAGACUUCUUAAGGCAGCCCUGUUCAGGGGAGUUUUUAAUGUGUGACAUCUUAGUGUAUUUUUGCUCUUUGUGGAAGCCACCCAGAGUGGCUGGGGAAACCCAGCCAGAUGGGCGGGGUACAAAUAAUAAAUUAUUAUUAUUAAAUGAAAGCAAUAAAUAAUGUACUGUAGUCACACAAUCAAUCAGUAGCUGAACUGGGUUCCACACAGUCACUUUACCUAGCACUUCUCAUCGCUUCACCUGCCCAGAUGUGGCAUAGGCGGCAAAUCCCCAAGUCUUACAGAUAGUUCCCCUUUCUGGGUUCACCGAUAAGGAUAGCAUGAAAGCAAGCCCAUUAGCUUAUAUCAAAGCAAGUGAUUAUAAAUCUAUACAAGCUCAUUGCUACAACACUUGCCAAUUCAUUGUGGGGUUAUCUUGAUUACCAAGAUGGCAUUAGUAAAGCUCCUAGAUAGUUCACCUUUGGUUGAACAAAAUUUGCUUUUAAAAAAUUAGCCUGACAUUUUUCAUUUUUGCACAAGUUAACACCAAUCCAAGUACAGAUCUAUGAUGGGAUAUACAGUCAUACCUGGGGAUAGAUACGCUUUAGAAUAAGUAUUUUUGGGUUGCGCUCCACGGCGACCUGGAAGUAACGGAGCGCGUUACUUCCGGGUUUCGUCGCAUGCGCAUGUGCAGACAGUCAAAAUGAUGUCACACGCAUGUGCGGAAGCGGCAAAACGCGAGACGCACAGUCGGGUCUUACAUUUUGUUCAGGAUGCGAACGGGGCUCCGAAACAGAUCCCGUUCACAUCCCGAGGUACCACUGUACACUCCUUUAUUUUGAGAAUGGUUUAAUCCUGGCAUUUGCCUUUUAGUUAACUAGCUCUUAACCACUUAUUCUCGGUUUGUUUAUUUAUACAAAACUAUUUAUGUAUACAUUGUGGCCCUCUGGUAAACCUCUUAGAAAGGUCCCUUAAAUGAUGGGUUAUAAAGCUGCUAAAUUAACUAGAGUUUGUUUUAAACCUGGCCCAAACAAAAUGCUAUUUGAGAAUGCUAAGGAGAAGAAAAAUGAGCAGAAUUUUAAAAAACACAUGAAACUUUGUGGGAAGGCCAGGGAAGAGGGAGCAUGAGAGUUUGUGCUUUGCUUGGGCUUAUUCAGUACAGUGCUAAAACCAUGGUUUAGCAUUAUGCACAAAUGUGGUCAAUAUAAAGUUAUUCUAUACCUAAAUAUAUAUAUAUAUAUAUAAACAAUUAUCAAUAUAAAUUGUAGUCAGACAAAUCAUAAAACAUGGAACAUAUGUUAAUCAAAUUAGGCAUUCAUCUAUCAUAGAGCAAACAAUAAAAACUAUUAUUUUUAACUACAAAACUCAGUAAGCAUGAAGUUCACAAAUCAGCUCAAGACAAAACUACUAGUAUAAAUAGUACAGGCCCUUUACAUAUCAUAAACUAAAAGGAAAGGUUUUAUUGUGAACAUGUGUGGGGAAAGUUUUUCAGGUCAAGGGCCACAUCACCCUAGUGGAAAGAUGUCAGAUGAAUUUCAGGACCAGAAACACAGCAGUAGACCAAGACAAAGCUAUUUCCCAUGUGAGCAGGCAUAGACGUAAUUCUUAGUAACUCCACUCAAGUUUUAUCUUCCAUUUUCUCCACAGACAUUUCUAAUAAAGUUUGCUUUUUUAAAAAAUAAAAAGCUCCCCAUACCCUUUAUGUCCUUACUCUACAAAAGGCAAAAGAAGUUAAUAAUCUCAGAGAAAGAAUAGAAAUAAUAGCACUGCACAGUUGAACUCUAAGCACUGCCUUAAAGUUAUUUAAAGCCUCGAAUUUUGAAAUGCAAUUGCAGCCUAAUAAUUGCAUGCAUGUGAUUGCAAAAUGUGUGGACACUUUUUGCAUAAGAAGAGCCUUUUCUCAUAAUAAGAGCCUGCUGGAUUAGGCCAAUAAUCCAUCCAGCCCAGCAUCCUGUUCUCACAGUGGCCAACCAAAAGCUUGCAGGACAGGAACAUAAGCCCUCUUUCCUCAGGUGGUUUCCAGCAGCUGGCACUCAGAGCAGCAAUUGCACAUAAUGCACAGCAUCCACAUCUUUCCCUCUGUCAGCUGCUCCUUGCUGAACAGCUGAUGGGGAGGAAGGAACCAAGGGGAGAAGGUUGUGUUGGGCCUAUGGGUUGAAGUUUAUUCACUCCUUUGUUAAAUCCGUUUUUAAGAAUAUUUAAAUGGAGGGAAUUAAAAGACAACAUAUAUAAGCAAAACCAGAAAUAGCAUAUAUAUACACACUUAUACUGAAUGACAGCAGAAUAAUAAAUAUUUUCAUCCAAAUCAAUUGCUGCUGCACAGUUAAAUUUUCUUAUCCAUAUAGCUGAUGUGAUAACACGCAUGCGCGCGCACACACACAGAUAUAUUGAAUUAAUUACGGUUCUGUUCCCCUGAGGAAGGUUUCUAUUAAAACACAUCAGACAGUUGAUCUUUUUAUUAAAGUUCUUCAUAUAUUUUGACAACAUUUUGAAGCUUGUCUCUCUUUUCUGUAUUGUUUUUUGAUGCUGGCCUCUUCUUUCUUUUGAAGUGAAUGUUUACCACCUCAUCUCCUUUUGUGUGAACCAAAUGUAAUUUCCCAAAACAAUGGUUCAGAUGUGUGUAAUCUCUCCAGCAAAUUUCCUACAAUUAUUCUACAAUUUUUCUGUUGUCCUGCAGUGCUACAUUUUGCAUGUGUUUUUUCACCGUUCAGCAUUCAUUUGCAAGAAAGACCAAACAAGAAGCUCCAUUGCUGCGAUUGGUGUGUCAUGAUGUCAGCUGUGCCACUUUCCCUUGAGGUGGUGUGCGGAUGGCAAACGCAGGCACAGCAUCGCUGGGAUGUGUGUACUGAGCCCUUCCCACAUGCAAAAAUUCUCCUUGAAAUUUCCUCAGCUAUUUUUUCUCUCGGUGAAUGUUGCUUUUGGAAUCACUGCAGAAAAACAACUUAAGCAAAAUAGUUUUUGGGAAGAGAAAAUGAUGGCAUUAGGGAUGGUUGUGGUAUUCCUUCCCACCCAUGUUUUACUUUAAAUGGUCUCCUCACUCUGCCUUGUAGAAAAUUAGUAUGACACAUCUCAUAAUCAGUGGAAUAAAGUUCUGUAACAUCUAGCCUGGUGUAUAGUUGUAGGUUCCCUAAAAUUGGUUAAAGAGAGUUAAACUGAAUCAUCAUAGGCUUUGGUACUAUUACUUCAUUUGUGUGUUGUAUGUUUCUGUUUUUCUCUUCUACAGACUAUGCGAAGACAUAGAAAUGAGGUGACAAUUGAACUUAGAAAGGUGAGUAUAUCACUUUUAUUUGUUUAUGCUUUGUUUAAAGCGGCCAUGAGAGGUUUCAGCUAUGGAGGUUCAUGUGUGACUUGGGAGAGCGCUGAAAAGAUUGUGUCCUCACCAGAUACUAUUAUGUCAUGUGUCUACAAGGAAAGCAUCAAGUACAUUAUUGUGUCCAGAUUUCUGAAUCUGGCAGAUCAACAGUUUGUUUUUUGUAAGACAUUCUGCCAGAGUUCCAUUAUGUUCUCCCCAUUUUUAAUUUGCUUUUGAGACUUUACUUCCUUUGUCUGUGGUUGUCUGUGCUUGAAAGUGUCCUUGAUGGUGCCUUUCCUCUUUCUCAGAAGAACACCACCCACAACUAAGGCCCAAAACCUCUUAAGCCUAUGAACAAUGUUUCACUGGGUCAGGCUUCUGAAAGAAAGAGCUGGAACUGUUUGGUUAUACAGUGGUACCUCGGGUUACAGAUGCUUCAGGUUACAGACUCCACUAACCCAGAAAUAGUACCUCAGGUUAAGAACUUUGCUUCAGGAUGAGAACAGAAAUUGCGCGGCGGCAGCGGAAGGCCCCAUUAGCUAAAGUGGUGCUUCAGGUUAACAACAGUUUCAGGUUAAGAACAGACCUCCGAAACGAAUUAAGUUCUUAACCCGAGGUACCACUGUAAUCUGGUACACACUUUCCUGAGAGUAAAUCCUGUUGAAUGCAGUGGGGUGUACUUCUGAGUAGAUAUGUUUAGGAUUGUACUGUGAGUAGUUCCUAAAUAAACAUGAAUUAGUGAAGCAGUUUGCUAAGUACAAAGAAUAGUGAAUGCUGUAGUGAUUAGUUUCAGUAUGUUUGCUUACACAGGAUUAAGAUACAUAGUAUUGGUAUCUGAGUUUGAAAUACUCCUGCUCAUAACUAAAUUUAAAUGUGUUUUUCAUUAUUAAUAGUUUUAAAUAUGAAUAUCUAGUAAAGAAUUUGUUUUCAAGAGACUAUGUACUAGAGGUCAGCAGUCGGAGGCAUCUGGGCCAAAUCUCUUGUCCUGAGAGGGUACCUUGCGGUCUCUGAAAUUGUCAGUCAGAGGCAAAAGAAAUCUGUUGAAUGAGUGCCAAUUGUAGCAACAUAAUUUGCGAUCAGACAUUGGGGUUUGGGCUUUGGCCCCCUAUCGCUGAGUCCAUUCUCAAAAUGUCCCAACAGAAAAUCUAAUUGCUUAUCAAACAAAGAUCAGUUAGUUGAUUAGGUAGCCCAUCUAGGAGAACGAAAACUCUGAUCCUAACCUUCUGCUGCCUUGUGGGAGAUCUUCAGGAGAAGAAAAGGCUAUGGAGUACUAAACCCUACACAAAUCUGGAGCAGAGUCCCUAAGACGGUUGGAUGGCGCCUUGUUUGCCUCCUUCCAGCAACUCUUGCAGCCAAGCUGGUUCCAGUCAUAUAGCUCUGCUGUCCUUUGAACCACAUAGAAUCAUAGAAUCAUAGAGUUGGAAGAGACCACAAGGGCCAUCGAGUCCAACCCCCUGCCAAGCAGGAAACACCAUCAGAGCACUCCUGACAUAUGGUUGUCAAGCCUCUGCUUAAAGACCUCCAAAGAAGGAGACUCCACCACACUCCUUGGCAGCAAAUUCCACUGUCAAACAGCUCUCACUGUCAGGAAGUUCUUCCUAAUGUUUAGGUGGAAUCUUCUUUCUUGUAGUUUGGAUCCAUUGCUCCGUGUCCGCUUCUCUGGAGCAGCAGAAAACAACCUUUCUCCCUCCUCUAUGUGACAUCCUUUUAUAUAUUGGAACAUGGCUAUCAUAUCACCCCUUAACCUCCUCUUCUCCAGGCUAAACAUGCCCAGCUCCCUUAGCCGUUCCUCAGAAGGCAUCGUUUCCAGGCCUUUGACCAUUUUGGUUGCCCUCCUCUGGACACGUUCCAGUUUGUCAGUGUCCUUCUUGAACUGUGGUGCCCAGAACUGGACACAGUACUCCAAGUGAGGUCUGACCAGAGCAGAAUACAGUGGCACUAUUACUUCCCUUGAUCUAGAUGCUAUACUCCUAUUGAUGCAGCCCAGAAUUGCAUUGGCAUUUUUAGCUGCCGCGGAGGAGGGAAGCCACGCCUCCAGUGGGGAAGGGGUGCAGGGCUUGGAGGAUGCAAGGGAGAGCCACAGCACCGAGCAUGAACAAAGCGGAGGGGGAGGCUGGUCCCCCUCUGCCCACGCCCUCUUUGUGCAGUAGGUUUACACGCAGAGAGGGGAGGCAUAGCAUGGGGGUCAAAAGACUACUCUGCUGGGGUAGAGGACCACCCACUCCCAGAUUCUGUUAGCGACUGAGCAGACAAGGAAUUGAGUCGAUCUGCAUUGUGAACGUUUUGGACAGAUAAUAAAGCCUUGAAGAGACCAAUGGGGAGUCUUGCCUGUUUGCUCUUGAGCAACCACGCCGGCACACAUAACAACCUCCAUACACAUCUCCUAGUCUUGCACCCCGAGGAGGUCACUUCAGUGUUGCUAACACAGCAGUUUGACUUCACCCCCAAAGGUGCACUCCAUUGUCUCUCAAGACAAACGGAUGCCAACAAGUUGACCAGUUAGUUGGAUUCUAUUGAUUUAGGACUCAUUUGAGACCAAAGUUUUCUUUCCCACUAUACUUCAUAAAUUAACAAAGUAGUACUGAAAAUCUCUCUCACCAAUCUUUAUUGCUCUGUAUAGCUAUUUCAGUUUAGUGUAAAAAUACUAUUGACUGCACUACCUAUUUUGGUCUCAUACAAAUUGUUUACAUUUUUUCUUUAUAUCCAUGUAUAUAUUUGUAUUUGACAGUACAGUCCUAUACAUUUUGCUCAGAAGUAAGUCCCAUUGAGUUUAGUGCUACCUUCUCCCAGGUAAGUGUGUAUGGGCAGCCUGAGCGUACGCAUCUGACAAUGUGGGUAGACUCGUAAUCUGGUGAACCUGGUUCAUGUCUCCGCUCCUUCGCAUGCAGCUGCUGGGUGACCUUGGGCCAGUCACACUUCCUUGAAGUCUCUCAGCCCCACUCACCUCACAGCGUGUUUGUUGUGGGGGAGGAGGGGAAAGGAGAAUGUUAGCCACUUUGAGACUCCUUCGGGUAGUGAUAAAGCGGGAUAUCAAAUCCAAACUCCUCCUCCUCAAUAACUCUGCUCAUCUAGAAGGGCCCGCAGGAUUCAUUUGUGUAUUUAAAUGGAUUUAAUAUAUGGAGAAACAAUUUACAUUGUUACAAUUAACAAAUUAUCAGUUGCAAGUGUCUCUCUGUUUAUAGCCUGUUAGUAGCGGUCAACCUAUUCUGAAAGAGGUUGCACUGCCCUUAAAGAACUGGGUUCAAAAUCAGGGGUACGUAUUGCGCCAGACUUCUCAGCUGAGGUCCAAUAGGUGUCUCUGCCUUGGAGCAGCUUUUCUCCGCCUUGGUUCAUAUGCCAGUUUCAAUGAUGGGUGGAUAUGGUCUCGCCACAAUCAUGCAUGCUCUUCCAACCUUACAUUUAGAUUAUUGCAAUGCACCAUACAGCCCUGAAGCUACAGUUGGACCAAACCAGGGAGAAGCUCUUCUUGGUUGAGGCACCUCAGUUGUAGAAUGCCCUUCUCAGAGAGGCCCACCUAGAAUUUACCUUAUACUCAUUCUGGUGCCAGGUGAAUACUGUUUUUAAGCGCUGGGGAAAUUAAAAACAAAGCAAAAACCCUGUGAUUUUACUCUUUUAAGAUAAUAAUACUGCUUAAGUGUUGUGAUUUUUAAAAAAAGUAAUUUGAUUUUAUUGUGCUGGAAAUGUUUUAGAGAGUGUGUUUUAUGAUACUACUAUUUUAUCAUACUGUAUUUCAUUAUAUUUUACCAUUUUAUGUUUGUGAGUUACUGUUACUGGUCAGUCCUAUAAUAUUAACAUUAGCAUUUAAAUAAAUUAACAGACAAACAAACAUUAAAGGCAUUCAAAUGCACUAUCUUGGGUCUUUGUUCUUCAGAAUAAAAGAGAUGAACAUCUUCUGAAAAAAAGAAAUGUGCCCCAAGAAGAAAGUUUAGAAGAUUCAGAUGCUGAUGCUGAUUUCAAAGCAGUAAGACUGUAUCUACAUUGAUGUGGCAUUGAUGUGUAUGUGGGUCUGUGUGGAAUAUGUAUGGUAUAUGGUAUUUAUGCAUACAUAUAUACAUACAUGCCUUUUUCCUGACGGGAUUCAAGGCAGUUUACAGAUAAAAAUCAUAGUCACUAAAAAUAGAGGAUACUGGCAUUAAAAACAAUUAAACACUGAGAGAAUUAAAACUACGUACAUAUAUAAAAUUAUUAAAACCAUACAAAUAAUUAGAAUUAAAACAGCACAGCACCAGCCCUUUCAGAAAAACCAGCCAGUUUCCAAAAUCCUCUUGGAGCAAUAAAAGCUUCCCUUGCACCUGUUGGAUACAUUGGGUUUGCAUGACGAUCUCCUCGUUGGGCAAACGUUGUGGGCGUGUCUAAAGUUGCAGCGAGCUCCUGGUGAGCCUGGAAAAGGCAAGAGAGGCAGAGAGAGGGGUGGGCAAGGUCUUCAGGAACACUGUAGCUCUGCUCCACUCCCAUGAUGACAGCUGCCAUGCUGUUGAGAAUGAGGGUCUUGGGGAAGGAGAGUGUUACCUUGAGGAAGAGAAAGGCAUUCCCUUCGAAGGGUAACUCAUUCCUUGGGGAAGAACAUCUAUUCUCUCAUGCUGAGCGUACUUCUCUGGUAGGUGCAGGGAUUGUGCUAAUGGGCAGUAUGGUCCUUAGGAACAUGAAUAGCAGACUGCUUUCCCUCCACCUAGAUAGCCUGGUGCAUAGCGCUGGGAAGGAGUCAGUGGUCGUAGUGCAUGUUGCACUAAACAACGGGGAAAUAUAGUCGCGUGGUCCUGGAAGCCAAAUUUAGGUUGGUAGGUAGGAUACCUCCAAGGUUCUUUCUCUGAAACGCUACCAGUUCCAUGCACAGGGCCAGCUGAGACAGGCGCAUCUUUGUGGUUUCAGUGCAUGGAGGAGACAAUGGUGCCAGGAGGAGCAGUUUGGAUUUGUUAGGCUGGGGAACAUUCUGGGGCAAGACAGGCGUGUACAAAAGGGAUGGUUUCCACCCAAACUGGAAUAGAACCAGACUGUUGGCAAUUAAAACCAAAACGGUCACAGAGCAGCUUUUAAACUGAUUGAGGGGGGAAAGCAGACUCUCUGAGGCGAUUCUGGUUUGAAACUAUCCUCCCUCUGAUGACAUAACUGAUGAAAAUUUAAAUGGGAGUACAGGGGCCCAGGGUAGUAAUUGUGAGAGACCAAAACACUGCAAGUUAAAAUGCAAGUGCCGAAGACACUUGAAGAGAGACAGACUGUAUCCGAGUGUUUAGACACUAUUGCUGGAAGCCGCUGAGCCAAGAUAGUGAACUGGAGUGCUUGGUCUUAGAGGAUGACACUGAUAUAUUUUGCAGAGAACAGUUGAUCUAUAAUAAGAAUUGUAACUAAAAUGAAAAUUUGUCUUUUGUUUAAAGCAAAAUGUAACACUAGAAGCUAUAUUACAGGUAAGUUGCUAAACAAUAUAUUAUUUCCUUUAGUUGGAUUUGUUAAUGCUUGACUCCUGAACUUACUGAAAUCUAUGUGGUGUUGCAGAAUGCUACAAGUGACAACCCUAUUAUCCAACUAAGUGCUGUCCAAGCUGCAAGGUAGGCAUCUAUUUGUUUUUUGAGGACUAAAGUACAAUGAAUUCUGUCUUUCCCAUCUUUUUUUUUAUUCACCACCUUCACUUUAAUUUUACAGAAAGCUAUUAUCAAGUGACAGAAAUCCUCCUAUUGAUGACCUAAUAAAAUCUGGAAUUUUACCAAUAUUGGUUAAAUGUCUAGAAAGGGAUGAUAAGUAAGUAAUGAUUCCUUUUUCUCAGUACUUCCUCAGACAUAAUUUGAAUGGUUAUCAGCUGAGGGUUGCAGCUAGCUUGCAGUUUUGAACAUUGUAACUGGGUAUUUACUUUUGAUAUGCUUCAAACUCUACUGAAGCUUAUGUCAACAGUCUGGUUAGGAGCAAGUUCUACAAAGUGUCUUGCAGGUCUGACAUAGUCAUUCUAGAAGACUGUGUACAAGUUGUGAUCCUCCAGGCCAGACACAGCCCACAAUCCAUAUAUUUUGACCUGCCCAGUACUUAAGAACCCUCCUCUGUGUGCAUUCUUCCCCUUCCCCACUGUCCAGAAGGCACAUGAGGACUGUUUUCAGAUUCUAACCUGGGGAAGGGUUCCUCAUAUUAGCCCAGUCUUUGGGGCAGAAAAAUCAAGCCCCCCCCCCUUUUAAAGUCUCUUGAGCUUUGGCUUUUUCCUUCACACUUUUCCUUCUUGUUUUUGUAGAGCACCACUCUUCUAUCCUUAUUCAGGGGUUGUUCUUUUGUAUUAUUGUGACUGAAUACUUAGCUUUGGAAGUCUGAUGUGAAUGUAUUGUGCCAGUUUAUUCUGUACUAGGGUAUUCUGGUGAGGUAACUAUCAAAGAAAAUUUGUGUCACAAGUUCUGUAUGUGUUGAUGUUAUGCAAAAAAUCUUGAUAGAGGGACUCAGAAACAAUAGUUCAAUGUUGGAUUGCAUUUUCUACCUUUAUUUCAAGGAAGUUGUAGCAGGCAUAAGAGGUAGAAAUACAUAAUGGCAUCUGAUUACAGUAUAUUGAAUUACUAUUUCAAUAGAAAUUUGGCAUGUACUUUUCUGCUGGUAUUUUUUUGUGAGUUGCAAAUAUUACUGCUAUUCUGGUGUUUUUGUUUUUUGUUUUUUAACAGUCCUUCCUUACAGUUUGAGGCUGCAUGGGCCCUGACUAACAUAGCUUCAGGCACUUCUGCACAGACUCAAGCUGUUGUACAGUCUAGUAAGUGCUCUAAGUGUUUAACUUUGGGAGUGGGUGCAUUUUGCAAUUGAAGAUACACAUAUAACUUCAUCUUCAUAGAAUCAUAGAAUUGUAGAGUUGGAAGGGACCCCAAGGCUUAGCAAGCCUAACCUCCACAUAGGGUCGUUUUGCAGUCUGGGGUUGCUGACAGAUACAGCUUUCUCAAAAGAGCCCUGGGUGGCAUCUGUAGCACAAAGGACCCUUUACUGCUGAGGCUGAUACAUCCCCUCCAGGCAGAGGUCAUUCUGCCACAGUCACCCAUGUUCUAAAUUGGACUACUGGCAUGUGUUGCACAUGGGAUUGUCUUUGAAGAGUUCUUCCUUGUAAAACUUUUGUUAGUCCAGAAUAGAGCUGUUAGGCUCUACAAAUGGGUAUGUAUCACAACAACAACAACUGCACUGGCUGUCAGUUUGUUUCUGAACAAAAAUUCAAAUAUUACCCUGGAGACCUUAAAGAAAGCCACCUGGCUGUGCAUUGAGAUCAUCUAGUAGACAUUUCUCCUGCCUUUUGAGAUUAGGUGGUAUCAACCUAAUGCCACCUGAUGCCAACUUUAUUGUUCAUUUCCAGAAGAAGACCUUUUGAUUUUCCAAGACUUAUACAGUCCUGGUUGUUUUUUAUCUUGCUUCUUUGUGCUUCUGUUGUGCUGCUUUAAGUUGUUUUAUUUUCAUUUUUUGUAUCCUGUGAUUGCUCUCCACUCUAGCUUUUCCAUUCUGGAAUACAUGAAGCAUUGCUGAGAGUAGCAGGCCUCGUUUUGCCCAUGGCAAUAGUCUUAGGGAUGGCUAGUUAAAUCUCUUUAUUGAGGCCUGCUGUAAGGUCAAGCAAGCGAGUAGGUGAAACCAGCUUUUACAGACCAUGCUGUACCUCAGACAUCCCUUGCAAUGUGGGAGAUGGAGAAGGGAGGCACUGAUUCUGAAAGAAGUUUCUACUAGUUGAAGCCCACAUGUUUCCAAUACUUAAAACUGUUCUUCCACAGUUGGCUUUUGAAGGGGGACAUAAUAAUUUGAAGGGGGUGGAUAGGCCCUUUGACAAAAUAUACACAGAUCUUUGUAAUGUGAGAAGACAAUUUUAACUUUCUUGAUGCUAAAUAAAGCCUCCACGUUACUUCAAAUUUUUAUUUAGAAUGUGAAUGUCAAUAUCAAUAUCUUCUUUCUGUCUGAAAAAAUUAAUUAUGCAAAGGUGCAUUUCCAAUUUAAUUUUGAACAAACAUAGAAUAAUUUCCUGAAAUAUUAACAGUAUAACUCAGUUAUGUGAAAUUUAUCUAUUAAAAGAGCUGCAUUUUAUCAUUUCAAUGAAUCCAGUUUUCUGCUGUUAUAGAUGCAGUACCUCUCUUCUUAAGACUGCUGCAUUCACCGCAUCAAAAUGUUUGUGAACAAGCUGUUUGGGCCCUUGGAAACAUUAUUGGUAAGUGUUAACUAUAUUUCUAGAAAAGAAAUCACAGGCAUUGAAGGCUUUAAAAUCAUACAUUGACAUUACCCCAUAAAACUAUGUUUCCUCUUAAGUUCUCUGAAUAGUCCAGUUGAUUUAAAUAAGAAAACAUCCUCAGUUUGGAAAACUUAGAUGAAGUUAUUCUACAACAAAUUGUGUUCUUCAAAUUUCCAUUGAACCGUAACUUUUGUAGUGUUCGUAUGUUACCAGUGGGGGAAACAUAGCGCAUCAAGACCCCAACAUAAGUCACUGCAUACAUUUCAAGGUUUCUCCAUCAUGAAUGUAAUUUUUUGUGAAAUUUUCACUUUUGUAGGUGAUGGUCCUCAGUGUAGAGAUUAUGUCAUAUCACUGGGAGUUGUCAAACCGCUUCUAUCCUUCAUCAACCCCUCCAUUCCCAUCACUUUCCUCCGGAACGUCACAUGGGUCAUUGUAAAUCUCUGCAGGAAUAAGGAUCCCCCACCACCUAUGGAGACAGUGCAGGAGGUAAAUAAAAAAUUACAACUAAGUAUUGUUCCACCUCAGCUUCACUGCAAGUCAGUUUUCCCAUGAUGGCAUAUGUACUGUGUGCACUUUCUUAAUGCAUAUUUAUUUGUAUCUCAUUCCACUUACUAGUUAUUAAUUAUGGCGGUAUCUGAGGCAUUUACCUUCCUUCUUGAUUUGAAGUCAGAAUCUAACCUCAGCAGCUAAACAGUACAGACUAACGAGGCAUGUAGUCUUCAAAGAGACAAGAGACCUUGCAGGGAACCACUUAUUUAAAUAAAAGAUGGUUACAGCCUAAAGCACAAGCAGCGAUAACUUACAUGAGAAUCCUUUAGUCAGUGGGAUGUGUAUCUUAUGUAAGAAUAUAUAGGAUUAUGGGCAAAGUCAACAAUCUUUAAAAUGAAGCCGUUUCAUGGAGCCGUGAGUGUGAGAGAAGUCGCCUUCAUUCCUCCCAGAAAUGCUGGGAUGCAGGUGUAGUGCCUUCCCUGUGGGUUAUUCUUGUGAUAAAAUUCACUAUUCCCCAAGCUGCUCUCCUCCUCACAGGAAGAAGAUACAGGGAAUCUAUGUCUCUUCAUGUGUGAGUGGGAAAAUAAGGUGGCAGUUCUUAUUUUAGUUAGAUAGAUCAGCCUACCUGCCUGCCUACAGGAAAGGAUCAAAUAUUGUCACAACUGUUCCAAACAAAUUCACAGUCCUGUGCAGCUGCUUUUUAAUUAAAAAAACACCCAAACAAACUGCUGAAAGACUGAUGGCAUCUAUAAUAUGAUAGAGGGAGUGAUUGAACACUACCUCUGCUUUCCCAUGUAGUGGAUUCUGUGGCUUAGUGGUAACAUCUACAUUCAGGAAUAAUGUGAGAUGCCAGAAUGUUAGCUUUGUACCUCUGGGCUCAAAUAGGGAACAAAACAGAUUUAUGGUGCAGUCUUAACCAUGUCUACUCAGAAGCAAGUCCUAUUUAAUUCAGUGAGGCAUACUCCCAGGUAAGUGGGUUUAGGAUUGUAGCUUUAGUCCUGCAUCACAGGGGGUUGGACUAGAUGACCCUUGGUGUACCUUCCAACUCAACAAUUCUGUGACUUGACUAAGAGUGGAAUUCAUAUUGCAUGCCGCAGUAAAGCAAGUGUCUCAUAGCGCAAGCAUUUCUGCUUGCUAAGAGCAAACCAUCUCCUUCCUGCAUGCUAUUCUGAGGGUUCUUCUGCCUCCCCAGAUCCAAUUAGGAGGGUGAAGGGGGAAGAAACGGGGGAAAGCCACAUUAUCCCAAGGGGGCUUGUGCUGGCUUCCACUGGGGCAACCAUAUUUUUAUCUCCAGCCCUAAAUUUCACUACUGCUCUCAGAAAAGUUCACAAUAUGUAGUUAACUGAAAAACAACAUAUAUAAAAACCAUAAAAGUUUAUGCAUAAAGGAGAAGCACUGACUGUGGGCCAGAAAUGUGUUAGCCAUUGGCAAACUGGUUGAUAAAUGUAAAUUUUCAAUAUUAUAUAUGUGAGUUUGCACUCUUUCUUUCUCAUAACUUCCUUGUAAAAUGAAAUUUCUAUAGACUUAUUUUUACAUGAUUGAAGCCAGGUAUUAAAACUGUGUAAAAUGUAGGGCAUCAGCUGAUUAAGAAACACUUGUUACUGCAGUAAGUAAUUGACAGUGUAAUCCUGUGCAUGUUUAUUCAGAUGUAAGUCCCGCAGCGCUCAGUGGGGCUUACUCCCAGAAAAAUGUGCAUAGGAUUGUAACCACAGAUUUGCUUGAGGUUUUAUCCACAGUGUGUUUUGGCUUUUCUUAGUAUUAAUGACCCAUUAUAAUAAACUUAUCUUUACCAGAUCUUGCCAGCCUUGUGUGUUCUCAUAUACCAUACAGACAUAAAUGUAAGUAAAUGCUGAAAUACCUUCUUCUCCAAUCUAAGGUUUCCUUUUAGUAUUUGAGAGUUUUCUUGCUUAAAUUUUGUUUGCAUUGUGCCAUACAGUAGCUUCUUUGCCUAGAGAGUCUUUCCCCAACUUGGUGUGCUCUAGAUGUCUUAGACUACUAUGACCAGGGAUGAUGGGAGGGUAAUUUCAUGAAAAUGUCAACUUACAGCCCCAGUCUUCAUUUCCAUAUAUAGUUAACAUGCUCUAUAUCACUUGAAAUAUAAUUUUACAAAGUUUCAUUAUUUGGCUACAGUUUUUCAAAACGGCAUUUUACACAUGAGUAAACUAACCAGAAGUAUUACAUGCAAGGUGACUCAGGGGUGGGGAAAUCUUUUUGGUCACUUCCAUUUAGUCACUUGCAUAUGCACGGAGCUCUCUGAAGCCUCGUGAGAGCCUUCCAGAGUCUGAUAAGGAAGGUAGAGUGGUUGAAAGCUUUUUGCACUGGGUAAACUCUACACAAAAAGAGCUUUAAAAGUCUUUCAUGUGUUUAAAUUGUGUGAUUUCAACUAGCUGGCUAUGAACCACGUAAAGUUGAAAUGGUGCAAGUUAUGUGCAUGUAAGCUGUGAGUUAACCUUAAACUUUUUUUUACUAUUUAAUUUGGCUGCCAUUUUAUAAACACUUAGAGGAGAGAAAUUGCUCUCUAGCACCCUGGGCCUUUCAUUCAAAUAGACAGAUAAAGAAUUGUGCUGUUAAAUGUUUGUUGUUAACAGAACAAGUACAGUUUACGCUUUGUUUAAUCACAAUGCAUAUUUUGCUAGUUCUUUUUUUUUAAAAAAAUCAGUACUAAAAAGAUUUUUGUCUUACGUAUAUCACAAACUGACAUUACAAACCACAAGGUUGGUGUUGUUCCCAGUUUAUCUGGAAACUUAGUUCUUGUAAGACAGAUGACUUGCCUGAGAAUCUUAAAAUAAAAAAAUAUAUAUUGUGUGUUCAACCUGGUUUCAUCUCUUUUGAUUGAUCUGUAGUUCAUAAAAACAGUCUGAACUUAGAGAGACAUUGUUCACAAUUGGAGAAAGCUCCAAGAUUGCCAUAUAGUUUAAAUUUCAGGCUUCUUAAAACUGAUGUGAGUGGGAAUGUACCUGUAUAUAUUCAAUGUUCCUUGUAAUUAGGGGGGUCAAACCUCCUUCCUGAGACUCUUAUUUCUCCUCAAUCAUGAUAUGGCAUCCAAAACUGCUGUUACCAGUGUGUUCUAACAUACCAAAUUUAAUUCUUAAUACUUUUUAUUAAAUUGUUCAGAUGUUAUUUUCCACAUUUAUGCCCCACAUUACUGACAAAUGCUCGGGGUGGCUUACAGUCUUGUUUACAAUAAUAUAUAUAAUGUGUGUGUAAAUAUAUAAACAGAAGAUGGCACUUAGACAAAUACAGUGGUACUUCUGGAUGCGAACGGGAUCAGUUCCAGAGCCCCGUUCACAUCCUGAAGCGAAUGCAACCCGCAUCUGCCCGUGCGUGGGUCGCGAUUCGCUGCUUCCGCGCAUGCGAGUGAUGUAAUUUUGAGCGUCUGCGCAUGCACGAGCGGCGAAACCCGGAAGUAACACGUUCCGUUACUUCCAGGUCGCUGCGGAGCAUAACCUGAAAACGCUCAACCCAAAGGUACUUCAACCCGAGGUAGGACUGUAUAAGGAGAUAGGAGUGUGGGUACACGCAGUCAAUAAGAGGCUAGGCCCCCCCAAUGAGAUGCUUUUGUUGAUAUACCAUGAGUUCAAAAGUGGUUAGUGCACAAUCUCAUGCUAUUUCUACGGUGCUGGUUAGAUUCCUGCAUCCUAUUGCAACAUUGUUCUGCACUGGUUUUAUCUGAAUGUCUGUUUAAUCCAGACCUUUUACGUUAGAAAUACAUCUUCUGGUCACUUUGGGGGGCAGCUAACUUGCCCUUAGGGCUGUUGGCACUGUUUCAUUUUGGUGCUAAAAGAAGACCUAAGAAAAAAUCAGUUCCUAAGAUCAUGCUGAUAUCAUUGCUAAUCUUUGUGCCGACAGCACCAUCUACAGUGGUACCUCGGUAUUCAAACAUAAUCUGUUCUGGAAGACUGUUCGAGUUCCAAAAUGUUUGAAAACCGAGACGCAAAGGGCGGUCUGCAAAUUUAAUAGAGAAAAUUGAGGGAAAAUAAUUUAUACACUCAGCAGAAGCCAUUUGACUUCUGAAGUGCAUUCAAAAGUGGAUGCAUUUACUUCUGGGUUUACGGCGUUUGAAAACCGAAACAUUUGUCAACAGAGAUGUUAAAAAACCGAGGUACCACGGUACCUUGUUUUCAGAAUAAAUUAUAAACAGUGUGGAGAAGACACAAGAAAACAAUUUGAACAUACAGAAUUCUCUUUCACAGCAUGUCAUUCAUUUCAGACAUGUUGUGUAGGGGGAUCAAUCCCAUUUGGGUGUCUAUUGCAAUCUUACAUUGACAAAGGAAACUUCCCUUCUCUGCAGAUCCUUGUGGACACUGUUUGGGCUUUGUCCUACCUGACAGAUGGUGGUAAUGAGCAAAUUCAGAUGGUGAUAGAUUCUGGUGUGGUACCUUUCCUAGUUCCCCUGCUGAGCCACCAGGAGGUAAAAGUUCAGGUAAUCAUUUUUUGGAUGAAUUUUAUUAUAACUGAAAUUAUCUCCUCUGCAUUGUCCAAACCUGAUCAGCUUUGUUGUUGUACAUAAAAACUAAAGUCAAUAAUUCAAAUGUUAAAUCCAUUUAUUUAAAGACACUUAGACAAUGCUUUUAAAUUAUUCAUAUGGUCUCUUAAAGUUUCAUUAAAAAUAGGACAAUUUAUAUUUCUUUUUAAAUGUAACCCAUGUUUCACUCCACUAGGCUUUAUUAAAGCUUAGCUAUUGUAAUGAACUUAUUCUGUUGCUUCAAAGCUGAAUGUUUAUAGUGUAUGUCUCAGACAGAGGAAGGAGAUGAUCAAUCCAGACAAGGUAUCCUCAUGGCAUAGCUGUUUUGAGGUGUGAAAUGAAGGAUUUACAUAGAAAAGGAUGAGGGACAGUAAACUGAAACUGAAUCCUGGCAGGACAGAGUCCUGUGAGUUCGGUGGUUCCUGGAGUUGGGCAAUAUGCCUGUUCUGGGUGAGGUUGUCCUCCAUCCUGCAGCCCUAGUUAGGCCUGCCAUGCUUCCCCAUUUGACCCAAGCCACAACCACCUGCCAUACACCUGGCACCUUAGAUAAUGCCCAGUGUGGGGCAGGUGAAGCCCUGACUUUUCUGAAAGUGGGUUUGCAGGUUGCAGAGCUCUAUGUUUCAAUGGACUGUGCAUAGGGCUUUGCAAGACCUCAUGCUGAGCCGCUUGCAAAACACUCUGCAAGACCAGGGCAGGCAAAAAGGGGUCAUUUGAUGUCAGGUGAUUGACGGGGGACGGUUCUGCCUGCCGGUUGGAAGUCCUCUUGGCUGUGCCACACUAUCAUUAGUGGCAAUCAGAAUGCAUCCCCUAUUUGUUUUUAAUUUAAAACAAAUACACUUUUAAAAAUCUUACACUUUGGGUGAAUUCAAAUUUUAACCCAUAUGAACUAACCUAGGGAAUGAAGCCUGGACCUCGUAAGGCCAUCAAAGAUUUUACUAAUAUUUUUUCUUCAAAUGUAGACGGCAGCACUAAGAGCAGUUGGCAACAUAGUAACUGGUACUGAUGAACAGACACAAGUUGUUCUCAACUGUGAUGUCCUCUCCCAUUUCCCAAAUCUUCUGACACAUCCAAAAGAGAAAAUAAACAAGGUGAGUACUCAUUGAAUUUUUUCUAUGAUCUGUUCUUUAGCUUAACAGAACAAGCAGUCUCAGCUUUUGCACUGAACAGGAAAAAUUUCUCCUUUUCCGAAGAAGAAUUUAAAUGUUUACUCUGCCCCAGUGCUCCUUGAAAAUACAUUGUGAAGGGCGGUAUAGAAAUGCCAUCAAUAAAGAAAUAAGGGAUCUAAAAAAUGCCAAAGAAAAUGUUUCCCUCAUUCUACUUUAUAUUCCAUUAAUGCACUUUUAAUUAGUACGUAGUUGAGUGCUCUCAUGAAGUAUCAUUGUUUGUUUCUGCCAUAGCAACUAACUUCUGGAAGGAAUUGACUGUGCAGAUCCCAUUUUGUACACCAGCACUGGAGCAGUGUAAACCUUGAAAUCCUUCUUAAGAACUGGGAUUAAGCUUCUCAGUGGUAAAGAAUUCCAGAUAUCCCUUUAAGGAAAGCUCAUGGUACUCUGAUAACUUUUCUUUCUAUGUUAAAAAUGGAUGCAGCUGCUUCAGAGGCCAGAGGAUAUGGCUCUGUUUUAGUUGAUUUCACAGAGUCCUCUGUUCCUUUUAUCUCUUUUUUACUUCUCAUUACUUCCAUUUCUCUCAAUGCAGACUCAUUAACUUUUUAUUUGUUACUUGAGGCAGUCUGGGAAAACAAAUGUCUGAUACCAAGUCAUUUGGGUUUUUAUGUGUGGUUAAUAUACACUCAAAUAUUUCAAUCCAUUUCACACCCUGAAGCUCGCUUUCCAAGAAGCUGUUACAGGUUCACUCAUUCCCUGCUUUGGGAACAUGUCUUCACGUACUUCUUCCACGCUCCUCUCAUGAAGUGAAGAAGUGAACACUCAGACUGGUUGGUCAGUGCUUCUUCAAUGCUUUGAAACAGGACCCAUCUGUAAGCUUCCUCCACCUUUGGAGGACCACUUCUACAGUCAUUCCACCUUUUGAAAGGCAACACCUUCCCUCUUGCCAAAGCACAUCCUGACUCACAGUCUACCACAGUUACCUCACUAACUACACCCCCCCACCCCACCCAAAUUCUGUCUUAAAUUUACAACAGAUUAUACAAUAUGCACAACUUAUCCCAUCCUAUUCUAUUCCCACAACUCAUGAACAUCCAUAAAUGCCCCAUCCAUCCAGCUUUUAUUAACAAAUUUCCAGAAGAAAAGUAUCAGUUGCUUGAAAUCUCAUUUUGUCACCAUGCAAUGUUUCUAUCUGGAAACAGGCUGAAAUUAAAAGUUUAAAAGCAUGUUGAUAAAUCAUGGUUUUUUUAUGUUGAAGAUUCUAUGUUUAAUCCCUUCUAUCUCCAGUUAAAAAUGUCAAGUUAGCAGGCAUUGGUAAAUGUCUCUGUCUAAGACAACUUCACAUGCAGGGUUUUGUUUUGUUUUAUUUCAGGAAGCAGUUUGGUUCCUUUCCAAUAUCACUGCAGGAAAUCAGCAACAAGUUCAAGCUGUAAUAGAUGCUGGACUUAUCCCUAUGAUCAUUCACCAGCUGGCUAAGGUCAGUUAAAUGCUGAAUCUGGCUGUUUCUCAUAUUUUUGUUGCAAGAUUGUAUGUCUACAUAUAUUACUUUGCUACUUUAAAUCACCUUUUAUAUCCUUUAGGGAGACUUUGGCACACAAAAGGAAGCUGCUUGGGCAAUCAGCAACUUAACAAUAAGUGGUAGAAAAGAUCAGGUAUGUGUCUCAAGUAGUCAAAUCAGUAACCAAAUUAGAACCAUUUAUAAGGAAGAAAUUAAUCAUAAGUAUCUCUUCUGUUUAGGUUGAAUACCUUGUGCAACAGAAUGUGAUCCCACCAUUCUGUAAUUUGUUGUCAGUCAAAGAUUCUCAAGUGGUACAGGUGGUUCUGGAUGGGCUGAAAAACAUUCUAAUAAUGGCUGGUGAUGAAGCAAGCACAAUAGCAGAAAUUAUAGAAGAAUGUGGAGGUAAGAUGUGAUUUGGUAAAAUGCGAUAUGCACCUCCAAACAGAGUGUGUUUGGGGUGUGUUUGGUCUUAAGAGAACAGCAUUGAUAAAGUUGGUGCAACAGAAACCUGGUGGAAUAGAGAGAACCAGUGGGGCAUUGUUAUUUCUGGAUACUAGCUCUAUAGGAAGUACAUUUGAGAAGAUUACAGACACAAUAGCCAGGAGUCCUGAACUAAAGUAUUACCAUUCAGGUUAGCAGUUAGUAUAAUAAUAAUAAUAAUAAUAAUAAUACCUCACCCAUCUGGCUGGGUUUCAGUGUAAUGCACCUGAGACAGGGCUAGCAGCUGCCCUGCUACAGAAACUGCAGCCAGUUGCACUGGCCAGUAGAGCAAUAUCAGAAACUGAAAUGGGAUAUGCACAGAUUGAAAAAGAACUGUUGACUGUAGUGUUCAGAAUGGAAUGCUUCCGUCAACUUAUGUUUGGCCAGACAGUGCACGUCCAAUUGGAUCAUAAGCCACUGGAAACCACUGUACAGAAGCCAUUGUUGAGCACCCCAAAAAGGCUUUGGCACAUGUUAAUGCAGGGACAAAAUUAGGAUGUGCACAUCCAGUAUCACCCAGGCAAAGAUCUUGUACUUGCAGACAUUCCUGCACAAUUGCACUUAGACAUAAUGAAAAGGGUACACUUCUCACACAUAGGAAUUGAAAGCUCUCUCUGAAGCGCAAGGGAAUGUGCAUAUUGGCCUGGCAUGAAUGCCUAGCUGUCCAGCUCAAGGGAAGUCAUAGUACCACCCUACAAUUCCACCUGGAGUCCUGUGUCCAGUUCAGGGCACCACUGUUUAAGAACAAUAUGGACAAGCUGGAAUGUGCACAGAGGAGUUAGACCAUGAUGACCAAGGGUCUGGAAACCAAGCCUUAUGAGGAUCGGACUCAGUUGGGGGAGUUGGGCAUAUUUAGCUCAGAGAAGAGAAGGCUAAGAGGUAACAUGAAAGCCAUCUUCCAAUAUCUAAAGGUCUGUCACAUGGAAGAUGGAGCAAGCUUGUUUUCUGCUGCUCCAGAAUGUAGGACCUGAACCAAUCGCUUCAAGUUAUAAGAAAGGAGAUUCUGACUCAACAUCAGGAAGGACUUUCUAACAGUAAGGGCUGUUAGACAGUGGAACAGUCUCCCUUGGGAGGUUGUGGACUCUCCUUCCUUGGAGGUUUUUAAACAGAGGUUGGAUGGCCAUCUGUCAUGGAAGCUUGAGCUGAGAUUCCUGCAUUGCAGGGGGAUGAACUAGAUCAGGGGUCGGCAACCUAAGGCUCAUGGACCCCCGCUGCCCACUCGGUCGGCUCACGUGCGCCGUGCUAAACCAGCGCAGAGCAGAGUGGGGACCACCUUCCGGGACGCUGGCCAGCUUCCCAUUGGCUGCAGGAACUUCCUGCAGCCAAUGGGAAGCUGCACAUGCCUCCUCCGCACCAGAAGGAGCGUCAGAAAUAGCGUUUGCGCGCGCGCACACACACACUCCGGCCCACCAUGGCAUCUGCGGGACCGUGAACCAGCCCAAGCCACAAAAACUUUGCUGACCCCUGAACUAGAUGACCCUCAUGGUCUCUUCCAACUCUACAUUUCUGUGAUUCCAUGCCACCAGCUGUCUUCAUUCCACUGGCAGACAGACUUAAUUGGGUUACAGCUUGCAAUUUCUUAAUUUAUUAAACUUGUCAUUUUUCUUGCUUCUCUUUGACCAGGCUUGGAGAAAAUUGAAGCACUGCAACAACAUGAGAAUGAAGACAUUUAUAAGCUAGCAUUUGAAAUAAUAGAUCAGUAUUUCUCUGGUGAUGAAGUAAGUACCUCUGACUUCUAAAAUGUAACAGCAGUAAGUGGCUGCUUUGAGUACUCUGCAGAAAUAUUGGUGUGGGCCAAUGUAAAAUGCUCUGAAAAACCACUUUUUCCCUGUACACCGGAGGCACAGUUUCCAUUCCGUGUUCUAUUCCAGCCAGUGUUACAUCUGUGCAGUACUUCAUAUUACCAGCAAAACAGAAACGUGCUGGCUUGUUAAAACAGGAUGCAGCAGCUUCUGCUGAGGUUCCUAAGAUAUGCAUUACUUGCAACUGAGAUAGGUGCUCUGCACAUAGUUUACAGCAGCACCUGAGGAUGGAGAUUUUGAAAACUUUAAAAUGUUGUGGAACAAAUACUCACAUAUGCAUGCUGGGUAAUGCUGGAAGACUACCCUUAACACCCUCUCUUCUGCAUGCUCAAUGCUGCAAUCUGUAAUUCACUUCAGUUUGGAGGACCAAUUUAGUAAUAGUCAUGUACACAGUACAGUAAGCAUGAAAUAAAAGUGCUGGAAAUAAGUAAUAUUCCAUGUCAUGUAGCACCCCAAUGUAUGUGUGUGUGUAAAUAGCUUACUUGCCUCUCCUUGCCCUCAGCACAGCCUCUAGAUACAACAACUCCCCACCCCAAUAACUUACAAAUAAUUUACUUUGCUAAACAAAGACAAAAUGAUACUCUAGCUUUCUCAAAGCCUCAAGUUGGUUUCAGGACAUCACUUGAUGUAUUUAUUUGAGGAAUUAGUAGCUAUCUUCAUGCAUUAUUAAUAACAGUUAAGUUACUAUUUGAGGUGAGCUGCAGGGUCUAGUAGUGUGUUAGGUCCAUCACCAACUCAUUGUCAGGAGCAAGCCAUCCCAGUGUAAUUAUUGGCAUUCAAAUAGAGUUCCGAGGGAUUGCCACCAGCUCAAUGCCCCAGGAGAUUGCUCAUAAGAGCAGCAGAUUUCAAAAUGUCUCAACUUUUGUAACAUGUCCAAGCCUUCUGUAUGCAUGGUGUGCAUUUUUGAUACCUGCUCUUGUACUGUUGGGCGGAAUAUGUUGUCUGUGAGUGGGGGCUAUUUAUAAGGUGAACAAUGAAAUCCCAUGGUAUGCACUUUCUUUGCUUUUGUAGAUUGAUGAAGAUCCCAGCCUCAUUCCUGAGGCAACACAAGGAGGUACUUACAAUUUUGAUCCAACGGCCAAUCUUCAAACAAAAGAAUUUAAUUUUUAAGUUCCAUACAAUGCAGCUUUUCUAUUCCACACCUGUAAAAUGUACCACCUGAUGGUUGCCGUUGAAAAAAGGACUCCAAGCAUAUGCCUCUUUGUCUGAUGCUUCUAAAGCAAGUUGUAUCUCCGUCACUUCGCCGUUGCCAAAAGUAACUCUCACACGGACCAUGAAUGCAUAUGCAUGAUCUCAUAAACUGUUCAGAGUUGUUGUUUUUUAACAACCCGUGCUACCUUUCCUCUCUUGUUUUUGCCUUUUUUUUGCCCCUGGUGCCACAAGCUGACAACUGCAGUCUGCAGUUUUAAGAAUAUCCCUUUGUGGUGGCGGCUCAUUGGCUUUCCACAGAAGAGUAGCUUUCUUUCUAAAAUGGUGCACUGUGGAUCAAGACUCUUUAGUAUGAUGCUGACAUUUUGGAAGACUUCCAAGAGGCCCUGUUUAUUUUUUAAGCCUCUACUGUUGUCCUCUACAAACAUAUUUUCAUAUAUUUAAUGUGGAAGAAUAAACAAAGAAAACGCAAGUCAAAUUAUUUUCAUUGGUGAAACUGAAAUUUUAAAAGAACUUGGUAAUUGAUUAGUGUAAAAACAGACUACAUAUAUCAGUAAUUGUGUUCAUUACUGCCUUAGAAGCUUGGGUUUGAAGAAUGAAGUUUGCAUUUGGACUAGUAAAACAUGACCAGUAUACCUAAUUUUUGAGAACAGCAAGCUGUACUUGACCACUCUUCAGCCUGUGUGUUCCUGCUGUUUUGGAAAUAAUGAAAAUGCUGUGCAUGGUAUUUUACCUGAGCUACAAUCUGUUACGGACUUGAACUUUGUUUUAAGUUGAAAGCAAGAAUUCCAUAUUAAAGAAACAAAGCUACCCCAAAUGAGCAUUGGUUAGCAAGAAUCUUGCUUUCAUCUUUUAGUAGUCAAUGCAUUAUUUUUGUUUUAAAUUUAUAACUGAAUAAUGUUGAUUUAUAUUGGUUUAAACUGUGGAGCUUUCAUGUUUACUGUAAUUUAGUCUUAAACUAUUUUUUUACUUACCAGUGCUUAUGAUGAUGUGGUUGGCAACAAACUAGCAACUAUUUUAGGAGCAUCAUAAAAGCUUCAUUCUUGGAGUAUUGGAAAAAUAAUAGAAAAAUUAGUCUCUAAACCUAUUCAUAUAGUUAAGAUAUGUAUUAGUUGUGUGAGGCUUUGUGGAAGCUGCUACUAUUCAGAAGAAGCGUAACAUGCAGCUCACCAUGAAUAAAUUUGCAUAAGCUGGUAACAUGGGAGAUCAUUAAUAUUGGGGUAAUGUCCAGCCUGGCUUUUCAGAGGAUCUGGGAUUGCUGUGGGUAAAGAUGAAAUUUAAACUUUGUAACCUGUCACACAAACUGGUAUUGUUGCUGUUGUUCACUGGAUGUACUUUCCCCAAUGCCUUGAUGUGAAGGGAUACUGAAAACGUAAAACUAAUGUAGUUAUUGGAUGUGGGUUGUAUUUACUGUGACGAAGAUAAGGACAGAUGCCAUCACAAGCUUUGUUGAUCAGCUGUUUUUCCACUGAUGAGCAAAACAUUGCAGGUGUUCAUUCAUUAAAUCUAUCUGCCAAGGUGGAGCCACUUUAAAGAGUGAGUUGUAUUGUAUCUUAAAAUGAUACAAGUAUGUGUUUUAAACUGCAAGAUUUUUACUUGCUAGAUACUGUGUUUUAAUACAGUGGUUUGGCCUCUAUUUAUAGGUUUUAUAAAUUUUAAAAUCAAUUUCUCUUUAAGGUGGCUCAGACUUUUCAACUCUUGUGCACAUAAAAUUGAGUUGAAGUUCAUUGUGCCUUUUUUCUUUACCCAGACAUUAAGUUCAUUUGGUAACUGUGUCCUAUAUUAACACAUUUUACUGGAAUUGUGUUGUGCUUGCUAAAAACUAGACAUUUCAAAAUCAGAAUUAGAUUUGGUCAUAGGUUUUGGAAUUUCAAAGCAGGUAUGCAGUUGAUGAUGUGAAAAAAUGCCCCUCAUUUUAUAGUAUGCCUGUGUCCGCUGUCUUAGAUGCUACACACAAAAUGAGAUAAAUGAUUUUUCACUACUGUGAAGACUGAGAUGAACAUAGGAAAACUUGUUUAAAGCAGUAACUUAGAUUUUUCUCAUUAUUCUGUCACCUUAUCAGCCCUUGUUUGGGAUCCAACCAUUUUAAAGUUAAAGGAAACAAACGCUUGAAUCCAAAGAUCCUGCUGUGCAAGAGGGGGAGAUUUUUGCAGUUGUGCUGAGAGUUUCCUCCCAUCUACUGAUAUAAGUGAUAUCAGAGUGUCAAGAGGCCUCCAGAACAGGAGGCACAGAAGGCUGCAGAUGGAGGAAAUGGUAUCCCUUCUCUCUCUUACCCCACUUGCAGAGUUUCUUCCAGUCAUGCCAUGUAUUAGGAUCUUUGUAUGCAAGCCAAAAGUAUAUUGCUGCACUUUUAAGUUUUCAGAAGUGGUUUAAAAUUGCAUUGUGUUAUUUUUUUAACUCUCAGUUAAUAGAUUAAAUUGUUACUUCAAAAGAGGCAUCUAAAUGUGUUCCUAAUUUUGUAUAUGGGCUUAGGUUUUAUAACCAAUAAAAAGCUGCUAUCAAAUACUACAAACCUGUAAGACCUUAUUUUGAAAACAGUGAUGUGCUUUAAGUGGAUUUGUAGGCUUACUUUUCUCUGACCAUUUUCAAAUGACAAUAUGUCCUCUAGUAACCUGAACUGACUUCUUAAAGCAUUACCAAAAAUAAAACAGUAUUUACAAUGGUCAACAUAAUAUAUAAUAAUUCUUUAUUUUGAAUAUGCAUCUAAUUAAGAAGCUUUGUAUUUAGCACAUUGAUAUUCAUGUACAAAAAGGUGUCAUAACUUUUGUCUGAUAUCUUUGUUCUGUUAAAGAGUCUUCUGUUCGAAGGAAAAAUACGGUGUCACAUAGCAAUUUGUGGUCAUUGUCAAAUUAAUCAAGCCUCAGUUUGAUUGUAAAAUGACAAUGGCAGUAAUGCUUUUUUAAAAAAGAUAUAGUACAGUUCUGAGUGUUGUUCUAUUCUGUAUGUGAUAGGAAACUAAUCUCAGGGAAUAUACUUGCAGUGUUCCACAUAUGCAGUAAUCCAACACUAGUGUAAUAGCAUGACAUAUACACCUGCAACAGGGGUAAAAGACUAUCAGAAGCCACUGGGGGUGGAAAUUAGGGGAUAUAUAUGUAGCCACCGUAUCUGACUAGACUGAAACUGCUUCUCAACCAAUCUGGUAAAUUUCACAAUUCUGGUGGCUGAAAUGGAGCCCGGAUAAGCUGUUGAAGUCAGAUACGGGGUAGAGGUUUCCUGCACAGCAAGCCCCCCAACAUUACGUUUGCAACGAUUAUUAAGCUAAUAACAUUACUUGUAUUUUGUAAUGACAUUUUUGAAAUGUAAGUCACCCUGAAUCCCAGCAUAGAUUAAAUAAGAUACAUUAAAUAAAAUACUGAUAAAAUGAUCCCAAUGCUCAAUGAUAGACCAUCUCCAGUUAGGAGUCAGGUAAGGUGACAGAGAGAUGCUGAUACUCUGGAGUGCUAUUGCUAGUCAGAUGAUGCUUCCUCACUAUUUUUGUAUAUUCAUUAAAAGGUUUACAUCCCACUUUUCACAUAAGUAUCAAAGCAGUGUGCAAUAAUAAACAGGAUGUUUAAUGUGG